CAGCUGAUGCACAACGGCUAAAAAUAAUCAGUCCCUACUACUCUCUCUCUCUCUGUCUCUCUCUCUCUCAUUGUGUGUGUGUGUGUGUGUGUGAUUAGACUGCCGUCUCCAAAAAACACAGGCUUCGGGAAUGAAAACGUGGUGAUUCGGGACAUUUCUUCCAGAUCUUUUGGCGCAGUCAGGCAACAUGGCCUUGUCAUUUUGUGGGAACGAUCUCAACAACUCCUACAGCGUGGACAAGGGAGUCCUGAAUAACGGCUGCUUUGUGGACGCACUCAACCUGGUUCCGCAUGUCUUCCUGCUCUUCAUCACCUUCCCCAUUCUCUUCAUUGGUUGGGGCAGUCAGAGCUCGAAGGUGCAGAUUCAUCACAACACCUGGCUGCACUUCCCUGGUCAUAAUCUGCGCUGGAUCCUAACCUUCACUCUGCUAUUUGUGCAUGUGUGCGAGAUCGCAGAGGGAAUCGUCUCCAACGCGUGGAUGAAGUCAAAUCACUUGCACCUUUUUCUGCCUGCAUUUAUGGGCUUCAUAGCAGCUACUACAUCAGUAGUGUAUUACCACAAUAUUGAAACUGCAAACUUCCCUAAACUACUUCUAGCACUGUUCAUCUACUGGGUGCUGGCAUUCAUCACUAAAAUCAUCAAGCUGUGGAAAUUUGCUGAAGAAGGCUUAGGUGUGGAGCAUCUGCGUUUCUGUAUCACUGCUCUCCUGGUGGUGCUUUAUGGCCUGCUCAUGGCUGUUGAGGUCAAUGUCAUCAGAGUCAGGAAGUAUGUGUUCUUUGCCAGCCCUCAGCGAGUGAAACCCCCAGAGGAUCUGCAGGAUCUGGGGGUGCGAUUCCUCCAGCCUUUCGUUAACCUCCUCUCCAAGGCCACGUACUGGUGGAUGAACCCGCUCAUCAUCGGUGCUCAUAAGAGGCCCAUUGAACUAAAGAAGAUUGGUAAACUGCCCAUUGCCAUGAGGGCUCUGACCAACUACCUUAGACUCAAAGAUGCCUACGAGGAGCAGAGGCAGAAUGCAGAAGAUCUGGAAAAAUCACCGUCCAUUUGGAGGGCCAUGUACCGAGCCUUUGGUCGCCCCAUCCUUCUCAGCAGCACCUUCCGCUACAUGGCGGACCUGCUGGGCUUUGCCGGGCCACUCUGCAUCUCGGGAAUCGUGGAACACCUGGUGAACAAGACAGAAGUCGUCAGAAUGAACAAGACAGAGGAUCUGCCUUUCGGAGUGUACUUCAUGUCCUCCACGCAGUUGCUGCAGAACACAUACGUCCUGGCUGUGCUUCUCUUCCUCGCUCUGGUGCUCCAGCGCACCUUCCUGCAGGCAUCUUACUAUGUAACCAUAGAAACUGGCAUCAACCUACGAGGAGCGCUGCUGGCGAUGAUCUACAAUAAAAUCUUGCGUCUGUCCACCUCUAACAUGUCCAUGGGAGAGAUGACUUUGGGCCAGAUCAACAACCUGGUUGCUAUAGAGACCAACCAGCUGAUGUGGUUCCUUUUCUUGUGCCCAAAUUUGUGGGCAAUGCCUGUUCAGAUCAUCAUGGGUGUGAUCCUGCUGUAUUAUUUAUUGGGGUUCAGCGCUCUGAUAGGUGCAUUGGUCAUCGUGCUGCUGGCCCCGCUUCAGUACCUCAUCGCCACCAAACUGGCUGACACACAGAAAAGCACGCUGGACUACUCGACAGAUCGCCUGAAAAAGACCACAGAGAUCCUGAAAGGCAUAAAGCUGCUGAAGCUGUAUGCCUGGGAGAACAUCUUCUGUGACAGUGUGCUUGAAACCAGGGGCAAAGAGCUGACCAGCCUCAGGACCUUUGCCUUCUACACCUCCAUGUCCAUAUUUAUGAAUGCUGCCAUCCCCAUUGCUGCUGUGUUAGCGACGUUUGUUACUCACGCAUACAUUAGCCAGUCCAGGCUGAGCCCAGCCGAGGCAUUUGCCUCCCUGGCUCUCUUUCACAUCCUGGUCACUCCGCUCUUCCUGCUGUCCACUGUGGUCAGAUUCGCAGUCAAGGCUCUGGUCAGUGUUCAGAAGCUUGGAGAGUUCCUGCAGAGCGAAGAGAUUGGCGAUGACAGCUGGAGAAAUGGAGACAUGCCUGUGUCUCUGGAGUCCUACAAGAAACACCCAGGGGCUAGAAAUAGGAAGCAGCCACUACGCUAUCAGAUGGAUAACUAUGAGCAGCCCCUGCGCCGGCAGCUGCGCCCCACCGAGACUGAGGACGUAGCUGUGAAGGUGAACAAUGCUUACUUCACAUGGGGGAGCAACAUGUCGACAUUGUCGGACAUCAACAUCCGCAUCCCCACAGGUCAGCUGACCAUGAUCGUGGGUCAGGUUGGUUGUGGGAAGUCCUCGUUGUUGCUAGCCAUGCUGGGAGAGAUGCAGACACACAGUGGAAAAGUCUACUGGAGCAAACUUCCUGAUAGUGAGAUGUUCCCCGACUAUUUAAGCGAGUAUGACUCUGAUUUUUCCCACGAAGAACGGAGUAAAAACAGGUACUCUGUGGCCUAUGCAGCUCAGAAGUCAUGGCUGCUGAAUGCUACAGUAGAGGACAACAUCACAUUUGGGAGCCCUUUUAACAAGCAGAGAUACAAGGCUGUGAUUGACGCUUGCUCUCUGCAGCCAGACAUUGACCUUCUUCCUUUCGGAGACCAGACAGAAAUUGGAGAAAGAGGAAUAAAUCUUAGUGGUGGCCAGAGACAGAGGAUCUGUGUGGCCAGAGCUCUCUACCAGAACACCAACAUCGUUUUCCUGGAUGACCCCUUCUCUGCUCUGGACAUCCAUCUAAGUGACCACCUGAUGCAGGAGGGCAUUCUGAAGUUCCUACAGGAUGAUAAACGGACCGUGGUUCUGGUCACCCACAAACUGCAGUACCUUAUUCACGCUGACUGGAUUAUAGCUAUGAAGGAUGGCUCUGUGUUGAGAGAAGGAACACUUAAGGACAUCCAGACUCAUGAUGUGGAGCUGUAUGAACACUGGAAGACGUUGAUGAACAGACAAGACCAGGAGCUGGAGAAGGACACAGACAUUGAGAGUCAGACUACUCUUGAGAGGAAGACCCUCAGAAGAGCUUUCUAUUCCAGAGAAGCCAAGAACCAAAUAGAUGAUGAAGAUGAAGAGGAAGAAGAGGAGGAGGACGAGGAUGAUAACAUGUCCACCACCACCAGCCGGCGUUCUAAGAUCCCGUGGAAGGUGUGUUGGUGUUACUUGUCCUCUGGAGGAUUUUUAUUGGUCUUCUUGAUGGUCACCUCCAAGCUGGCCAAGCACUCUGUCAUGGUGGCCAUUGACUACUGGCUGGCAGACUGGACCUCCUCAGCUCCAAAUGAACCCAACAGCUCCUUCAGCCUGGAUGCUAACACCACCAACUACACGCAGAAUGAGACUAUGAGGAACGAUGAGCAUCGAUCCUACGUGCCGGUCUUCAUUAUCCUCUGUGGAGCAGGUAUAUUCCUGUGUCUCAUCACUUCUCUGAGCGUAGAGUUUCUGGGCCUUUCUGCGGCCACUAACCUGCACCAUAACUUACUCAACAAGAUCAUCCAUGCUCCUCUUAGAUUCUUUGACGUCACCCCACUCGGUCAAAUCCUCAACCGCUUCUCUGCAGACACCAACAUUAUUGAUCAGCACAUUCCUCCAACGCUGGAGUCUCUCACUCGCUCCACUCUCCUCUGUCUCUCAGCCAUUGGCAUCAUCACUUUUGUCACACCAGUCUUCGUCGCUGCACUGGUGCCCCUCGCUGUGGCCUUCUAUUUCAUCCAGAAGUAUUUCCGCGUCGCCUCCAAAGAUUUGCAAGACCUUGACGACUCCACUCAGCUCCCUUUGCUCUGCCAUUUCUCAGAGACCGCAGAAGGCCUCACUACCAUUCGAGCUUUCAGGCACGAGGCUCGCUUCAAGCAGCGAAUGCUGGAACUGACUGAUACCAACAACACAGCGUACCUCUUCCUCUCCGCUGCCAACCGGUGGCUGGAGGUCAGAACAGAUUACCUGGGUGCUGUGAUUGUACUUACGGCUGCUGUGGCUGCCAUCUGCUCUUACCAUGGGCUCUCGUCCGGUCUGGUUGGCCUGGGCCUAACAUACGCCCUCACUGUGACUAAUUAUUUGAACUGGGUGGUGAGGAACCUGGCAGAUUUGGAAGUUCAGAUGGCUGCAGUUAAGAAGGUCAACAGCUUCCUGACCACAGAGUCGGAGAACUAUGAGGGUUCCAUAGAUGUGUCCCAGGUUCCAGAGGACUGGCCUCAGCAUGGUGAGAUUAAAAUCCAGGACCUGUGUGUGAGAUACGACCCCAUGCUAAAACCUGUUCUGAAACACGUUAACGCCUUCAUCAACCCUGGACAGAAGGUGGGCAUUUGUGGUAGAACAGGCAGUGGAAAGUCCUCGCUGUCUCUGGCUUUCUUCAACAUGGUGGAUGUGUUUGAAGGAAAGAUCAUCAUUGACGGCAUUGAUAUUUGCAAAUUGCCCCUGCAAACCCUGAGGUCCCGUCUGUCCAUCAUUCUUCAAGAUCCAGUCCUGUUCAGUGGCUCCAUCCGGUUUAACCUCGACCCGGAGCGCACCUGCUCUGACGACAGGCUUUGGGAGGCUCUGGAAAUUGCACAGCUGAAGAAUAUGGUCAAAGCACUUCCAGGAGGACUGGAUGCUGUAAUUACAGAGGGAGGGGAGAACUUCAGCGUGGGUCAGCGUCAGCUCUUCUGCCUCGCCCGAGCCUUUGUCCGCAAGAGCAGCAUCCUCAUCAUGGACGAAGCCACGGCUUCCAUCGACAUGGCCACGGAGAACAUUUUGCAGAAGGUGGUGAUGACAGCGUUUGCUGACCGCACUGUUGUUACCAUCGCACAUCUGGUCUCCUCCAUCCUGGAGGCGGAGCAGGUGCUGGUGUUUUCCUCUGGGAUUCUGGUCGAGUGUGACAGCGCUGCUAACCUGUUAGCGCAGGAGGACAGCCUCUUCAGCGUUCUCGUGCGCACGCACAAGUAACCUCGCCACAGCCCCACCCUGGGCGUCCCGCACCGAGUUCACACUAUCCUGACAGCCGACCUUGUGAUCGUGAUGAAGAGAGGGAACAUCUUAGAGUACGGUAAACCAGAGACGCUGAUGGAGCAAGAGGACGGCAUGUUCGCCUCCUUCGUCAAAGCAGACAUGUAGAGGCACCGACCCCAUCGCGCCAUCACCCCGUCCAUCCCACACAGUUCUUCUCCUUCGCCUUAAAGAAGCACGGCAUGCCGAGUUCCCCAAGCGCCAGAAAAGACUGAUCUGUAAACUGACACACCGUCCAGUCUACUCACGCCUUUAUCCUUUUAUCACUUUACAUGAGAUGUAACAGCAGUAUUUGAUUUUCAUUUUUUUCAUGCUUAUUCUUUGUUACAUUAAAUUAAUAUGUGUACAUUAUUACUUGUGAGAAAUCAGCAGCUACACAACGUCAUUAGAAAACCUCACAUCUUCAGAUUGGUAACCUCAUCGAAGAAAAUGGAGUUGCAAUGGUUUUCUUAUGAUUGAUAAUAUACUGUACUAACUGGUACCAACACUGUACAGGGUUGCUGGUGCAUGAUACAAGCCGGCAAACUGUCUGUCUGUCUGUCUGAUGUGCAUUGCUGACUAGUCCUCGGGAUGAUGGAGGAAGGCUGCCCGCACCUCAGGAGCACAAAUAACUAUGCAAAGAGAUUUUUUUCUAACGGACAGCAUAUCUUAAUCCAUGUUCCUGUGAACACCGAGGCCUUCAUCACAGCCUCUUUUAGUGACGAAGAAUGACAGCUUGUGCUCUCUGGGGAUGUGGCAGACCCUCCACCAAAAUUUUUUAUCUACACUAAAGACUUUCUAUUUUGCACUGUACUGCUUCACUGCUAAAGCCAAAUCCUAAUUUUAGCUUCCAGCUUUAGGUUUGCUCUUUCGUUUGUGCUGCUCAUAGUUUUUCUGGUGGCACAUGGCACGAUAAGUGUAUGUGGUGUGAUUUAGGUUACAUUUGUCUUUGCGUUUAUUAUUAAUUUUAAAGUCUGUAAAAACAGACACACUGAAUUUACUUGGUUCAAAUGUGUACAUUUCCUUCAUUUCCACAUGAAUAAAAUACAUCAGUACAGUUAUUGCCAAAAGUAAGCAAACUGAAAGACACAAUUGUGUUGAACUGUUUUAUUUGUGUGGAAAUUAUGUAUUCAUUUCCAACAAAUUUAGUAUGUCACUUUUUCACUACAGGCGGACUGAGCCUAGUUUUGUUCAGUUUAGAUUGGAAGUUUAUAGCAGUUAUUAUAAUAUGCACCGUUUAACUCUUUGCUUCAUGUUUUAAUAUUAAAUAAUAUUGCUGAGAAAACUGAUCUAGGAUCUCUUCACACCCGAGUGAUCUACUUAACACACUUCUGCCACUGUUUCUCUCCUGUCUCCUAAUGGAGACCACUCUACUGUGUUAAGCAGACAGAAUGUUUAACACUCUCCACUCUGGAGCCAGUAGAGCCAGCAGUUCUUAUAUAAACUGUGAGCAGCGUGUAGUCCUCACAAAGCAAAAGGACAUGACCCUCUUUUGGCCGUAAUCCUUCUCCAUACAAUUUUACUGUAUGGGAAAGUGCUGCUGCUGGUCAAGGCAAUGAACCCUCACUGCGUACAAACUGUAGUGAACACACUUCACUCUGGAGGGUGAUUUUUGUGGACACACUGCUAUUUGCCAAACAUCACUGCGUACCACACAUACACUACUUCCCUAAGGCUUUGGCCUUUGUCAUGUCAGAAAAUGUGUAUUUUCAUUAGAUGUUUUUUUUUUUCAUAUGAUGCACAGCGAUGUGCUGAAUUAAACUUGCAAUACAUAUUUCAUACUUUUUGUGUUGGAUGAUGGAUUGUCUUAAAUGUACAUAUGUAAUUAUUGUUAGUAGCAUAAACAUUUAACAUGUCAUUAUACUGUGUGCCUAAUUUUUUACACUUGAAUAAAUUUGGGUGAAAUUUGG